UGACUAUAGGUACUUUACUUCACAACAUUUAGUUUAUUCAACAAAAAUGUAUGAUAAUUACGAUCACGCUGACGAUCAGUUAAUCUAUGUACCUGAAAAUAUUUUACAACAUAAUGAUCGUAGUGUAGAGUAUAUGCGACUGGAAGAGGAGUACAAUUCUCUUAACGAACACUGCCAAUGUAAGAAUAUUUGUACCCAAGUAACAUGUAAAUGCAUUCAAAGAUCUGGUGGUUACAAUUAUGAAGCUUACCAGAAAGAUGGUAAAACUAAGUACAAACUUAUAUCGAAAUCAGAAUCAUACCCAGUUGUGGAGUGCAGUAAUGAUUGUUCUUGUGCUGUGGAACUGCAGUCUGUCUGUGGUAAUAGAAUUGUACACCUCGGCCCAAUCGAAGGUCUGGAUAUACGAAGCUGUAAUAAAGGUUUCGGGCUGUUUACAAGAUCUUUCAUAAGUUCUGGAACUUUUGUAUGUGAAUAUGCGGGAGAAAUAUUAACUGCCACAGAAGCUUCUAAAAGACAUGUUAUAAAUAAGAGGGAGGGCAAAAUGAAUUAUAUUAUGUGUCUAAGGGAAUAUUCUGGCAGUAGUACUAUAGUCACUAUUAUUGAUCCAAGUACAUUUGGUAAUAUUGGGAGAUAUGUAAAUCAUAGUUGUGACCCUAACUGUAAUAUUGUGCCUGUUAGAAGUGGGAGCCCUAUACCGAAGCUUUGCUUAUUUGCUUGUAAAGAUAUAUCUCCAGAUGAGGAAAUAACAUUCCACUUUGGGUUAGAUGAUGAGACAGUGAAUGAGAGUGACAGAAUUAAAUGUUUAUGUGGAGCGCAGAAUUGUCGUGGGUUUAUACCCUACCAUAAAUAUUAAAAAUUAGAAAUACUCAGAUGUUUCAUUACUAUUGUCACUACAUAGUUGAAAACAAAGUUGUGUGACACAGACUAUGGAAAGCAACUUUGCUUAGAUCUUUAAAAUUACACAACAGAUUUUGAUGCCGUUUUUAAUAGGUAGAACGAUGCAACAGAUUGAUAUGUAUAAUACAUGCAUAAUAUUCUACAGAAAAUUUUAUGUCUGUGCAAGUUCAUUGCACAGACAUAAAAUUUUAAUUUUAAUGUAGCAGUAUUAAUGAUCAUGUAAUCCAAAAAAUUACUUGUAAUACUUUACUUUGUUUUAUGAAAUAUUAACUCGUUGAGUAACGUCAUUAUAGACACAAUUAUAGAACAAUAAAUAGGU